GUUUCGUUCGAGCAGCGGAUAAGGCGGGUUCCGCUCGAUGCUUAGCGCGCCCGCUUCUCUACUCUAUCUUCCUGUCUCAACUGCUUGAAAAUGGCGACGUGUGCCCACCUCUCCUUCCUCUCAUUCUCCGAUAACUGCCACCGCGUUUCGUCGACGCAGCUGGUCCGAAGUUUUGUCGGAAAGCCAGUUCCGGUGUCAAGGAGAUGCUGCAGAAGGGCGAAGCAGCAGGUUAGAGUUGUCUCCCAAAGGAGAGGUUCUGGUAGAUCCAAAGAUGCUCCUGAUGGUGCGAAAGGGGAGACGGGUCGUUCACAAUCAACAUUAUUUAGAGAACUUGGUGUGCAGAAAAAGGACAAACAAAAUUUUGUAUAUGAUAAUAAAGAGCAGCAGGUUAAUGAAGCAACUGGUUUACAAGAUUCAACUUUCUUGAAUGCUGUUGUUAAGGUAUUUUGCACACACACCGCUCCAGAUUAUUCCCUCCCUUGGCAAAAACAAAGACAAUACACAAGUACUGGCAGUGCUUUCAUGAUUGGGAAUGGGAAACUGUUAACAAAUGCUCAUUGUGUUGAGCAUGAUACUCAGGUAAAAGUAAAACGCAGAGGAGAUGAUACCAAGUUUGUGGCUAAGGUUCUUGCUCGAGGGAUCGAGUGUGACAUUGCUUUGUUAUCAGUAGAGAGCGAAGAAUUCUGGAAAGGAGCUGAACCACUUUCUUUUGGUCGUUUACCAUGUCUUCAGGAUUCAGUAACUGUCGUAGGUUAUCCCCUUGGAGGAGAUACAAUAUCAGUGUCAAAGGGUGUGGUCUCACGCAUUGAGGUUACAUCUUAUGCUCAUGGUGCAACUGAUUUGCUUGGUAUCCAAAUUGAUGCUGCAAUAAAUCCUGGAAAUAGUGGUGGUCCUGCAUUCAACGACCAGGGAGAAUGCAUUGGGAUUGCUUUCCAGGUUUUCAGGUCAGAUGAUGCUGAAAAUAUUGGAUAUGUGAUUCCCACGACUGUUGUAUCUCAUUUUCUGAACGACUAUGAGAAAAAUGGAAAAUAUACUGGCUUUCCUUCUCUUGGAGUGUUACUACAGAAGUUGGAGAAUCCUGCUUUACGUAGAUGCCUGAAAGUGCAGUCUAAUGAGGGGGUGCUAGUGCGAAAAGUUGAACCUACAUCUCCUGCAAGUAGUGUGCUAAAAGAGGGUGAUGUAAUAGUAAGCUUUGAUGGUACACCAGUAGGAUGUGAAGGAACUGUGCCAUUCCGGUCCACGGAGCGUAUUGCAUUCCGCUACUUGAUAAGUCAAAAAUUUGCAGGUGAUGUGGCAGAGGUUGGGAUUAUUCGAGGCGGUGUACCUAUGAAAGUUCAGACCAUUUUAUAUCCUCGUGUCCAUCUGGUGCCAUACCACAUUGAAGAAGGACAACCCUCGUACCUUAUAGCUGCUGGACUGGUGUUCACUCCCCUUUCAGAACCUUUAAUAGACGAGGAGUGUGAAGAUUCAAUUGGUCUGAAAUUGCUAGCUAAGGCACGAUAUUCUUUUGCAAAAUUCAAGGGAGAACAGAUUGUCAUACUUUCACAGGUAUUGGCACAUGAAGCGAAUAUAGGAUAUGAAGACAUGGGCAAUCAGCAGGUUACAAGGUUCAAUGGAACAAGAAUUAGAAACAUUAGGCAUUUGGCACAUCUUCUUGACUCAUGUCAAGACAAGUACUUGGUUUUCGAGUUUGAAGACAAUUUCCUUGCUGUAUUGGAGAGGGAAGCAGCAAAUGCUGCAUCAGCCAAGAUUCUGAAGGAUUAUGGCAUUCCCUGUGAAAGGUCUGUGGAUCUACUUGAGCCAUACGUGGAUUCAUCAGAUGGACGAGAUAUGGAGCUGGAAUCAGAGGAUGUUCCUGCUUCAAACAUGGAAAUCGGUUUUGAUGGCCUUGUCUGGACUUGAUCAGUAAACAGUUCUGCUAGUGAAGCCAAUAGCUUGGCUAGCCUGGGAUGCUUUUGUCUCCCUGGGUUUCUCUCGUCUGAAGUCGGAAAACUCUUCAAAGAGUAAGGGUUCCUGCUUUCAACUGCCAGAGCACGACCAUUUUUCAUCGUUCUGCUCGAUUCAUGGCCAUCGACAAUGGGGUACGUACCAUUGUGAGUUAUGAAGCUCCUGCCGCUGGUUGAGUAGUACGUGCUGUAUUUGCAGAAAUUGAAGCAUCUUAUGUGUAUCAUCCAUUGUUGCCGACUACCACUUUCGGCCAAGGGAAUUUUUUUGUUUCCCUUUAAUUAGUGAUGUAUUUCGUAAGAAGAUGGGAUUCAUAAGAUUCACAUUAUUUAUCAAACUGCCAGAGAUUCAUUCAUUGUAAUCUUGAAUCCCUUCAUCUGACAGAGACUGCAGCAAUUGGAAUUCAAGGCCUUCUUUUCCUUUUCUGGCCA